AUGAAUCGCACAGUGGUUAGAACGCCGCGUAGUGUAAAUCGUGGAGUGCGCAACAGUCUCUCACAAUCGUUUAACGACUUGAGCUGCAGCCAAGAACUUUACGCAAUUACUUCUUCAUUAGCAUCGCCUUCUGGAAAUGAAAAAGAAAAAUGCGCUUCUUUUCCCAGCAUUGCGUUGCCAAAACUCUCCUCGGUAAUUGAAAAGGAUGACUUUCAUUGCCAUUUGAGCUCGACAUUACCGCGAGUAGAGACAGUAGCAUAUACCGGGACUUCAAUUAAACAAGCGCAAUUGAACCAAAAAAGGCCAAAAUCGUGUACAGCUCGUGUUCAAUCGCCGACUUCGAGUUCCUCUCCUCUGAGAACCCCGGAAAUACUGCGAAGAAACAGAAGGCCUCGACCGUCUCUACCUUUGGCGAUAAACAGUGAUCACUUUCAUAACCCUCCGUCAUCCCCUACAUUGAGGACAAAGUCUCCAAAUCAUGCUUUUUAUUCUAAGCCUCUCAACCUGUCAAAAUCAGCUGCAGUUGAAGAAACAGAAUUGGUGGAUCAGGUACGACAGCGAAGGAGUCAGGAUGUCCGCACAACUGACGGGUUGUGUUCUACUCCUCCGAUGUCUCCAGCAUUGCUUCGAAAAUUUGAAAAUUCUGACAAAACAGUAAGAAAAGCGAAGAAUUUGAUCGAUGAUUACAAACGAUCAAAUCAGCAUCAUCGUAGACAGCAAGAAGAAAGAAAAUCUCUAGCCGAAGCUAUGGAAGAAGUUAAAAACUGUCGUUAUUUACGAAUAGUUAAGACAAAGGAUACAUGUGGCACACUUAAAGAGAAAGCAGGUGAUUAA